AUGUUAGAGCUCGAUUCGAAUGCACCUCGGCGGUUUGGCCAUCGCAUCGUCGAGGGAGCGGCCACUCGUGCUCCUGGCGUCUAUUGCAAGCUUCUCGGCUACGCAAAGCGCCUCGCUCGCAUCCCUGCAGGCGCCGCGCCGCCCUCGUCGACCGCUUCAUCUCGUCGGCACACGCUGCAUCGCAGCCGAGACAUGGCCAUCAUGGACGGCGAUGAUAUGCAGAGACUGUGGUCUCUCAUCGAAGACCUCACAAACCAGCUCCAGGCCAACCGACAGCUCUGCGAAUCGCUCCAGCAGCAGGCAGACCAGCUGCGCGGACAGGCCAUCCACUCGGGCACCGGCUUUGCGCUCCGCCGCUUCAACACCGACAUCUCCAAGGAGAAGUUCGAGUCCGAGCUCGAGUCGCUCAACGUCCACCUUGUCAAGGAGAAUCUGGCGCUGUCGCAUGAGAACAAGCAGCAGGCGGUGCUGCUGCGCGAGUACGAAAACACGCUCGAGACCGUCAUGGCCAAGUUCCGCAGCUUCUCCCACUCCACACAGCAGCACACGCUUCAGCUCACACAGCACUACGAGUCGCUCCUCGCGCAGAACACACAUAAUGCAGCCCAGCAGACGCUCGCCGCAGAGACUGCAUUUAGCGGCACGCUCACCCAUCUCGGCGGCCUUGUCAGACGCGCCAUGCAGUCGCUCGACGGAGAGUUUAGCGACGACGACGACGACGAUGCCGGUGCUGUAGGUGAUGCGCAGCCGCGCAAGUCAAACCGCGGAUGGAUCCAGGAUCCAAAGUGGUACGGAUCGGGCGGGUAUACGGGCAAGGAUCCCGCUGCGUUGCGCGCCGACGACGCGCUCGAGCACUUGACCGAAGAGGAGCGCCUGCGCAUGGAGAACGAGACGUUCCGCGAACUACUCGGCCUCAAGGAGAAGAGCGACGCGCUCUUAUCCACACUGCCCAACGCCGAAGCGGGCGCUGUCGUGCACGCGUCCAAACCACUCUCACCCGCCGAGAGGCGUGCGUCACUCACUGUGGACGAAGCAGCCAUCGCGGCAGAGGCGAGCGGUCAGCCCUCGUCGAACGCGCUCCAGGUCUCGUCCACCUUGCGGCCCGACGACAAGCCAUCCAGCCCCGGCGCCACAAUACCCUCGGCAACGCGCUCGCCCAAGCUCGCUCCCACGCUGGAGCGAAAGGAACAGAUCAUCGAGGAGGCCAUCCUGGCAGACGAAGAGCAGGACACCGAGCGAGGCCGAAGGGCCGCCGAUGCAAGUCCCGUCAUCAGUGCCGACUCCACCGCGUUCGAGCGCGUCACCGCUGCGGCCCCGGCUGGCACGGCUGCGGACGAGGCCGAGUCGGCACCUUCCUCGAUCCAGGAGCUGCGUGCUGCCGCAUCGCAGUCGCAGGCGGUGGCAGAGCCGCCAGUGCAGUCCGAGACAGUCGAGGCUGGUGCGGAUGCAGACGCCAUCACGCCCAUCGACGAGGUCGACACGAUUCAAGCGGCGGAGCCAGCAACGAGCGAAGGACCCAAUCUGGUCGCCGAGGCCGCGCCGCCUGCGCUCGUUUCGACGGGCAUGGAAGAUGCGGACGCGCUGUCGUCCAAGACUACAGUCACCUCGGUCUCGGGAUCCCAGGCGGCUGAUGCGGUGGUGGACUCGACGACCAGCAGCAGUAGCAGCGUCUCGCCAAAGUCGGAGCCGUCUUCUCUCACCACACCAUCGGACACUUCUUCGACCGAAGCCAGCUCGCCCGUCGUGAGUGACGAUGCUGCUCUACCGAAUCAGGAGAGCGAGGCAUUGGACGAGGCUACGAGCAGCGUCUCUGCUGCCCAGCCCACGGAUGAGGCCUCAGAAGCGGAGCCGCCGGUGGCGAGUAUUCCCGCCGAGCCGUCCAAGGAAGACGAACAGAGUGCGCAAAAAGAAGCGGCGGCAGAAGUGACGGCUGGUGCACACACGGUGGCUAGUGAUGCCUCGUCGGGCAGUGAUGCGGACGAAGCGAACCCAGAUACCAAGUCGGAAGCGAUCGAGGCGGUCAAGGAUGCAGCCGCGGCCAAGAAUGUGCAGACACCCAAGGAACAGCCGGGCCAGGGCAAGAAGGCGGACGGCUCGGCAUCGCCCAGCAAGAAGGGCGGACGCCAUCGCGGCAAGGGCAGGCACCACCACAACUUUGGCGGCACGAUGGCUACGACACCACGGGCAUCGCAGCGGUUCUCGGUGCAGACGACAGCCAGUGCAUCGUCUGCCUCGUCGCAUCCCUACGCACCUCCACCGGAGAGCACGGAGGCUAGCACGGCGGCGACGUACUCGUUUGCAUCGACCUCCUCCAACCCGCCACCGUUCUCCUCGCGACGCACGUCGGUCAGCACUUUAUCGAGCACCGCCAACAGCUUCCACCAAGCAUCCCUCGUCUCUUCUCCUCCCUUGCACCGUCCUGUCUCGACUCGACAGGUAUCGACGGCGAGUACGGGGCUGGGAAGUCGAUUCGCAUCGUUCACCUCGGCUGCCGACGACACCCCUGCAAGUAGGGUGGAUAUUGUGGAUCGACCGAGAGACAAGACGCGGCAGAACGAGGUGAAUGCAUCGGCGCUCUCGUUUCUGUUUGGCGAGAUCGUGAGCUAUACGCAGAACCGCGUUACGGGCGUGACGGAUCUGGAGAAGCGACUGUCGCUGAUCGGGUACAGGGUCGGGCAGAGAGUGUUGGGCAUGGCAAUGCAUCGACAGGAGAUGCUGCAGAAUCCCAAGAACCCCAAGCGCGAGACCAAGUUGCUGCCGACAUUGCUCUGGAUCCACACGGCGUUUUGGAAGGCGGCGUUUGGCAAAGCGGCCGACUCACUCGAACGGUCCACCGAGCCAGGAAGAUCCGACGAAUAUAUGAUCUCGACCAAUGUGCCGACGUUUAGUCGGGCGAUCUGUGUGCCCAACGACAUGUCGCAGCUGUCCGUCGAAGCGAUCACAGCAGGCAUGGUGGAAGCCGCCCUGGACGGACUGGGAUUUCCGGCGCGCGUUACGGCACACACGGUGGGCACCCCACAAUACCCUCAACGCACCACGAUCCUCAUCAAGCUCGACGCGGCGGUGAUGCAGCGUGAAGAAGCACUUGCAUCGUAG